AUGGACCACCACUGCCCGUGGACGAACAACUGCGUCUCGCUGCAGACCUUCCCCUACUUCCUGCGCUUUCUCGUCUGGACCAACACCAGCCUCUGGACGCUCUCCUACUUCCUCUUCCAGCGCGCCCACGCCAUCUGGGACAACCGCAAUCUGCCCGCGUACCUGGGCCCGUCGCUCGGCGCCCUCAUCCACCUGACCAUGCUCGGCCUCUGCUGCGCGGCCGUCUCGCUGGCGCUGGGCAUCCUGCUCUUCACAACGGCCAAGGGCUGGGCGCUCAACACGACGAUGAUCGAGGGCUGGGAGGUCGAGCGCCACGAGGCGGUGCUGGCGCGGUAUAACAGGAACUCGUGGUUCGAGAGCUCGACGCCCGAUCCGGCCGAGGGGAUGCGCUUCGAGCGUGUCGAGUUCCCCUACGAUGUCGGCUUCUACACAAACAUGACGCAGGCGAUGGGCACAGCGAACCCGCUGGCGUGGUUCUCCCCCUUCGCAGGGGGCCCAACAGUGGCGCCGGGCGGGAAGGGCACGGGCUGGGACUGGCCGGAGAACGGCUAUAACCCGCAUGAGGGCAUGUGGCCGCCUCUCGACCCGGAGAAGAUACGACGGGCGGCGAAGGCCGGAUGGCCCGGCGCGGCGGCUCGCCAGGCGCAGGAGCUCGGUGGGAAGGAAUGGGGGUCUCCCGAGGAGGAGAGAGCAGCCUUCAGAGCGAGGCAAGAACAAGAUCUGCAGCGAAGACAAGCACAGCGGUCUGGCAUCGUUGCUGAGUUGGAGGAAAUGGACGAUUACGAUGUCGUGGACGAGGAGGAGGGAUACGAUGACGAGGAUGACUUUUACGAACAGGGCAUGGACGGCGAACCGGGCUGGACCAAUUCUGAUGGAGAUAGACUGCGAGAUUACGGAGUGGACGAGGACGCAGAGGAUGAAGACGACAUCGUCCCCGUCCAGUCCGUGGAUCCAGAUGAGGACGAUGUGCCUCUGGCCGAGCUCAUACGUAGAAGAAAAGCGGUCACAAGAGACGACGACGAAUAA